UUUUGGUCAUCUUCAGUCGAGUCGAGUCGCUGUUGAAAAGGAGGCGGUUGUACGCAAGUAGCCAGCGCUCUGUUCGAGAUCUGUGUGGUAUCCCAACGAUUCUAAAUCAUAUAGGCCUAAAUGAACUGGUGUUCUGGGACGACAAGACGCAAGGCUGAAUUCUCAUCAACGCAGAAGAAUGGAAGCAUACAUAAAUAUACAGAGAAACAUUUGGUCUAGUGCUUAUCAAAACUGGCAUGUUUUUCCUGAUUCAUUGUGGAGACCGCCGCAUUUUGACCCGCGAGGAGUUUGGGAAGUUCAAUAUGGUCCGUUACACUUCCCUCCACGUCCGCCGGCCCCUACUGCUAACUAUCCGUCAUAUAAUAGACCCAUGGCAAGACCUGUUGCUUCCUUCUCCGACAAACCGCCUCAGCCGCCAGCCAAUCUUGUUACCGGCAAUUCAGGUAAACUUUCGGAUGUGAAAAUGAAACCCCUUCCAGUUUUUAAGGUCGUGAAGAAUGUCUUGGUAGAUGAGUAUUAUGGCUCGAUAUUCAACCAUUCAAGAACUUACUCAUUCAGAAUUGACGCUGGAUUGAUAAUUGAUAAGCGUCCGGGAUUUGAGGUGGUUUUAAGAAUGGCUGUGCUACAUUUUGGAUCGAUACUGAGUGACGAGCUGCCCCUAAAUGUGAAUGUGAGGGUGAAUGAGAAAUCUGCCACUCUGUCCAACGCCAAAUCUCCCAUUGUUAUCACCAAGUUAAGCAAACUGGAUGGCUCGUACAAUACCUUAUGCAUAUCCAGUGCAAUGGAAAGGAACAGAAGAUUCUUAGUCCAGAUUCUCAUAAUGGCUAGGGAAAAUGUCGAAGAUUUGUGCAAGAAAUUGAAUAAGAAAGCCCUUACUACCGCACUGGAAGAUAUCAAAAGAAACGCAUUCCAGAAGGGCGGUGAUAUAGCCCUAGCAUCCAGUUUCCCGUUGUCCCUCCAGUGCCCUCUGUUGAAGACCAGGAUCGAGUUACCGGGCCGGUCAAAGGAGUGUACCCAUCCCCAGUGCUUCGACUUGACCGCCCACAUUCGUCUGAACGCUGACAAGGCCUCCUGGUCCUGUCCAAUCUGUUUCGGUUCGGCGGAACUGGACGAGCUUUGCAUCGACGAAUUCGUGGCACACGUGCUUAAGACCACGAGCAAUUGUGACAUGAAAAUAUUUCUACUCAGUGAUGGCAGUUGGUCAGUUAAAUCAGUGGAUGAGAGUGAGCCUGAACAGUUGACUGACAGCGCUUCGAAAAAGCGGGUGCUGAUGAUUGAUCUCACUGAGGACGAUGGUGGCAAAUCUUCGGCAGACGAGAAUGUCAAUAUUCUGACAGAAGAGCCUCCGGGAAAGAGUUCUCAUAAAGCCAAACGAUCUAGAUUGGACAACAACAACAACAACAUAGGGCCCCGUCCACAGAGAAAGAGGAAGAAACCACCCCGCUUUGGACAGUAACUGACUGCAUGGGUCUUUUAAUCUUUUUUCCUGUCUUUUCGAUGCAAAACGUCUUUUAAUAAAAGGUCACUUUUUUUAUAUAUUUCAUCUAUGUACUAUUGUAGAUACCAGGUCAAUUAAAUUAAUGCAUGAAGCCUCUAAAAACAGCCAAAUAAGGCGUCUGUAUUUGAUAAUUAUCAUAUGUAAAUUAUCAAACUUAUUUAAAUUAUAAAACUUAUUUGUUUAGUAAUCAAUUGCUAUUUUGUUCCAAAUUCACCUAUUAACAAAUAAAAUUUAGAAUUUCCACCACUAAAGUGAAAGAGGCUAUUUAUAUAAUGACUAAGUUUUAUCUUUUUAUUUUUCUGUAGAUAAUACGUACGUGACUGCACGUACUCUCUCCCAUUUGGUGUAUGGUAAAUUUUAUAUUCUAGUAUUAGAUUUUUUUAAGUUAAAAAGGUAUGUUAAAUUAAAAAUUAAAUCUUGUGCCAUGAUAUUACCUUUCAAGUAGAUAUAAAAUAUCUAUUUUGAUGAAAAAAAAACUUGUGUAACCAUAUUAGUUUGUAUUCUGGUCUUCUUAAAAUGUCUAUUGAUAAAAUGCGCCGAAUAAAAGAAUAAUCAAUU